ACUAAUUUCAAUUCGAUUUUUAGUUUCAUUCGUAUUGAAUGCGUAAUGAAAUCGUGAUUAAGUAUUUUUUUACACACGCGCUUUAGGAAAAUAUUCGCGCUGUUGACCCGGCUUUUCAAAUAUUAUUGCAAAAACAUGAUGGAAUACUGCCCUCCAAAUGUUACUUUGGGGGAAAUAUGGGUGGACCAUGGAAUUUCCCAAUGUUUUAUGGAAACUGCUUCAGCAGUGUUCAUUGGUGGAUUUCUACUCGUUUUCGGCUUAAUACAAGUCAUUAUGUAUAAAAGAUAUGCGACGGAGGUGGUGGACGUACGAUCCUCGCGACUAUUUUGUGUACAGAUACUUUUUACGCUGUUCGUGCCGGUGUUGGCGGUGGCGAGGUUCCUAUUACAAGCGUUCGUGUUCAAAGGAGGACAGAUAUAUGGAUAUAUGAUUCUAGCAAUGCUAAUAACAGUAGUGAUGUUCCCACUAUCCGCAUACCUGGCUGUAUUGGAAAGGCGGUUCCUCUUGCCAUCCGUCCCGCCGCGGGGCCACGGGUUCGUGCUACUGGUCUUCUGGGCGCUGAUCUUUGUAUCUGAGAACCUGUCCUUCCUGAACUUGAAUAAGGAGGGGUGGUGGUGGCAUUUAAAAAAUUUGCAAGACCGUUUGGAGAUGUCUCUAUUCGUGGGCCGCUACGUGUCGUGCAUGAUCAUGUUCAUUCUUGGAAUGAAGGCGCCCGGUAUCAUGCACCAGUUUGAGCACCUAGCGGAGGACGACCAGCGAAGGCUCAUCCCGCCUAGGGCCGAGAACCAGUCCACAUUCCGCAAUGUAUUCAGCAAGCUACGCACUCUCCUACCGUACUUGUGGCCGAAGAAGAGUUGCCUGUUGCAAUUUAAUGUGCUCAUCUGCAUUCUUCUGCUCAUCUCUGGCCGUGUGAUCAAUCUAUAUGUGCCUAUUUAUAGUAAAUAUAUAGUGGAUAGUAUAUCGAUACCGCCGAUUCUAUUCCGAUGGGACCUGGUGCUUAUCUACGUGUUCUUCAAGUUCCUGCAAGGCGGCGGCACGGGCGGUAUGGGCUUCAUCAAUAACCUAAGGACGUUCUUGUGGAUCCGGGUGCAACAAUACACCACCAGGGAGUUACAGUUGGAAUUAUUCAGGCACCUCCACAGCCUACCGCUUUCCUGGCACUUAUCCCGUAAGACCGGGGAAGUACUGAGAGUCAUGGACCGAGGCACGGAUUCCAUAGACAACCUGCUUUCCUACAUCCUGUUCCAAAUCACACCGACUAUAGUGGAUAUAGUCAUAGCUAUCGUGUAUUUUGUGACGAUAUUUAAUGCCUGGUUCGGACUUAUCGUGUUUGUGACGAUGACUCUUUACAUAUUUGCAACAAUAUGGGUAACGGAAUGGCGGACAAAGUACCAGCGUCGCAUGAAUCUCGCCGACAACGAACAGAAGGCAAAAUCGGUCGAUUCUCUACUCAACUACGAAACUGUCAAGUAUUAUGGCGCAGAGUCGUAUGAAGUUAUGAGCUAUAAGGACGCUAUUCUUAAUUAUCAGAAAGAAGAAUUCAGAAAUUUAUUGACAUUGAACAUCUUGAAUACGGUGCAAAAUAUCAUCAUUAGUGGAGGUCUACUAACGGGGUCCCUGCUAUGUAUAUCCAUGGUCGUCAACACUAAAGUGCUGACGGUUGGUGACUACGUGCUCUUCGCUUCUUACAUCAUUCAGCUGUAUAUACCGCUCAACUGGUUCGGGACUUAUUACAGAGCAAUCCAGAAGAACUUCGUAGACAUGGAGAACAUGUUCGACUUGCUUCGAGUGGAUUCCACCGUUGUGGACGCGCCCGGCGCUCCUGAACUACUAGUCCGGCGGGGCGGCGUCGAGUUUAAACAUGUCUCGUUUGGAUACGGGCCGGAGAGGCUCGUGUUGAAGAAUGUCACGUUCAAAGUGGCUCCAGGAAGCACUGUGGCUUUGGUGGGCCACAGCGGCGCCGGCAAAUCGACAGUGAUGCGCCUCCUGUUCCGCUUCUACGACGUGAACGAGGGCGCCGUGCUCGUGGACGGGCAGGACGUGCGCACGGUGACGCAGGCCUCGCUGCGCGCCAGCAUCGGCGUCGUGCCGCAGGACACGGUGCUGUUCAACAACACGGUCCGAUACAACAUCCAAUACGGGAACCUGAAAGCUCCGUCGGCGGAUGUCAUCUCGGCAGCCAAGAACGCUGAUAUCCACGAUAGGAUACUAACGUUUCCAGAUGCAUAUGACACGCAGGUUGGAGAGAGAGGUCUAAGACUAAGUGGAGGAGAAAAGCAGAGGAUAGCUAUAGCUAGAACAAUCCUGAAAGAUCCUGCAAUCGUCCUGCUGGACGAAGCUACGUCCGCCCUGGAUACCAAUACUGAAAGAAAUAUUCAGGCCGCUCUAGCGCGUGUCUGCGCCAACAGAACGACACUCAUCAUCGCCCACAGACUAUCUACCAUCAUCCACGCUGACGAGAUCCUAGUCCUCAAGGAGGGAGAAAUCAUUGAAAGAGGAAAUCACGAAGCGCUCUUAGCACAAGGCGGCGUCUACGCAUCCAUGUGGCAGGACCAACUCGAGAACCGAAACACGAACGGCAACGGCGUUCAAGAGGAAGAGAGCAACAACGACCAGAGGCCGCAGCUGCCGCCAAACGGCGCCUUUGGUCACGGGCAUGGACAUUUAUAGAUGAGUAACACUUUACUGAUCAAUCAUAGCCCUUAUGCCUUUGCAAUAAAGCUUAUAAAUGGUCAAUGAUUUGUGUCAAUGAUGUAUUUUGAAGAAAAUGUUGAGAUAAU